AUGAAGCUUUUCAUGACGAAGAAAGAGGCAAAGAGAACGUGGUUGGAGCAUUUUCUCUACAUGCUCGCCGUAAGCGACGCGCGCGGUAGAGCAAACUCGCUCGUCCUGGACAACAUCGUCCAUCACGCGUCGCCCGAGCUCAUGAACGUGAUGAGGGCCAAGUACGGCCCCACGCAAUCCGACUUCCUGCAUCACGCGAGGAGAUGGCGCAUAUCUUGCAGUAGAUCGAUUAUGGUAGUGGCGCGGUGGGACGCGAAGUCGUCGCAGCGCACUUUGACGCGCGAUCGAAGAGGCGAACCUGCUCUAAUUGUGAAAAGGUGGGGAACGUGCAGUGAAACUGCUGCGCUAAUGACGCUGCGGUGGACUAAAAGCAGGGUGAAAGCAGUUCGAGGGGCGGGGCGCUGCUCACGCUGA